AUGAGUGCAACACAAACAGAAACGAUCGCGCUGCCCACGAUACCCUCCGAAGUUCCCGAAAAUGAGAUACAAGACUCCAGACCCCCCGAAGUCAAAUGGAUGUAUCCCAAAAUCCUCAGUGCGGGCGUAUCAUUCUUCGUCGCAGGAGUCAAUGACGGAAGUUUAGGGUCACUCAUUCCAUAUGUGAUACGCACCUAUAGUAUCGGAACGAACAUGGUAGCCGUACUCUACGGUACAACAUUUGGCGGAUGGCUCAUAGCCGCUCUUACGAACAGUACAAUAACCAAAUACCUCGACCUAGGCCCAAUCCUCUGCUUAGGGGCUGCAAUCCAGGUCUUGGCUCAUGUCCUCCGCGUUUGGGAGCCGCCUUUCGCUCUAUACGUGGUGACUUUCUUUCUCGCUAGCCUUGGCCAGGCUUUCAAUGAUACACACGCCAAUACGUUUGUCUCUUCUCUGACUGGAGCACAUCGCUACCUUGGCUUCAUCCACGCUAUGUAUAUGGCUGGAUGCUUGGUGGGGCCAUUCGUCGCGACGGGGAUUGCAUCCGCGAAUACGGACUCGAUGUGGUAUCUGUUUUAUGCGUUCCCGCUCGGAAUGGGUGUUGUCAAUCUUGCACUCCUGGGUGUCUGUUUCCGUGAUUGUAUGGCUGCACCGGCUGUCCUGCGAGAUGACAGAGAGGAGGCGUCUUCGAAAUCUGCUUGGAAGGAGAUAAAAGAUACGCUUUCUACACCUGGAGUUUGGUUGGUCAGCUUGUUCUUUUUCUUCUUUUUAGGGGCGACAAUUACCGCUGGAGGCUGGAUGGUCGAAUAUCUUGUCAAUGUCCGCAAUGGCGAUGUCAAGGAGAUGGGAUACGUUCCGGCAGGCUUUUUCGGUGGUGCUUUCCUGGGCCGUCUUAUACUCGCCGAGCCUACACACAGACUGGGCGAGCGGCGUAUGAUCUUCCUGUAUGCAGUGCUGUGUGUGGGGCUGCAGCUAGUUUUCUGGUUGGUUCCAAACAUCAUCACAGAAGCCGUGGCAGUCAGUUUACUGGGCUUCUUCUCUGGGCCCUUCUUCGCAACGGGAAUAUCAGUAGGAACAAAGAUCUUCUCGCCUGAGAUCCGCUCUUCGGCAAUUGCAUUUGUCUUUGUCCUCGGCCAAAUCGGAGGCUCCGUAUUUCCAGCUUUGACUGGUAUUAUUGCAGGAAAAGUAGGUGUGCAGGUACUGCAGCCUAUGCUUGUGGGGUUAUUGGGCGCAGCUGGCUUGAGCUGGUUGAUCCUGCCAAAAGAUGCAGCAUUGCAUAGGGAUUAA